UGUCAAUUAGCUAUUGUUGGGAAGGAAGAAGAGGAAAAUGGAGGAGGUAGGAAUGAGGAGAGGAAUGGAGAGGAAGAUGGAGACUCAGGAGAUGAGGGAGGGAAAGGAAAGGGACAGACAACAGGAGGAGAGGGACAAGGAGCAGGAGGACAAGAAGGAGGAGCAGGUGGAGUAGCUGGAGGGAAUGAAGAAGAGAAAGAUGAUGAGAAUGAUGCAAUUGCUUUAGAAUCAUGUGAUCAACCAAAUACUUUAUCAACACUUAUUGUAUCUACUCAUUCCACUGGUAUACCUGAAGCUACAGUGUAUGCUGGACAAGUGUUUUAUCAAAAAGCAGAGGGCAAAAAUUUAAUGAUAUUUACAGCUGCUAAAGAUUUGAAUCCUUUACGCCAGUACAUUAAAAAAGAACAUUCUCAUCCAGAGUUUGAUCAAAGCAUUAAGUUCAAACUCACAUCUUCACCAAAAGGAUGUAUUGAAUUAAUAUUUAAUGAUGAGCAACAAACAGAACCAACAACUGGAUGGAGAAUAAAACCACAUUUGAUGCCUUGUCAAAUUGAAGAGCAUGAAGUACUUGGUUUUGGUGACAUUAGUACUACAAUUCCUCCAUCUUGCCUGGUAUCAAUAUAUGCUGAGAACAGUCCUCAUACUGUACCUAACUUGAGCUAUUCUGUACCAUUGAAAGGUGUACAGAAACCAAUGGAUAUUAUCAUAAACCGAUCACUGAGAGAUUUAUUAGAUGCACCUCAUUCUAUUAGUACUAAUGAUGUUCCUAAUCCUGGUUCACAAAAUGAUGUCAAGAAGCACCUUAAUGAUCUGAAACGUUUCCUUUCAACUUCAGAAGCAAUGUUUCGUGACAUAGCUAAUGGUUGUAAGGAAGUACGAAUUAUUAAUGGUUCUCAGUAUAAUGAGUUAUUUGACGGGAUGAGUCGCCAGUCUUUAUCAGAAAGAGUAGAAGUUUUUAUUAGAAAAAUUGUGUUUUUGCUUGAACUUUGUCCUGAUCAAAUUAGUAAAUUCCUGUCAAUACUGAAUAAUCAGGAAGACAUUGCUCUUUCUACAUUAGCUGACAGGAUUGCUGCUUCAU